GGGCCCGGGCCGCCUCUGCGCCCCUGCCCCGCUCGGCCGGCCCGGGGGGCAGCGGGCCGGGGGGGAUGCGCCAGCGGGCGCCCGGCCGGGGGCCAUGGAGGGCGGCGAGGCGGCGGGCGGCCCGGGGCGGCCGCUGAGCGACGCGGAGCUGGCGGCGCUGGCCAAGGAGGAGCUGGUCCGGCGGCUGCGGCAGGAGGAGGCGGAGAAGCUGGCGGCGCUGGUGCAACGCGGCCGCCUCAUGCAGGAGGUCAACCGGCAGCUGCAGGGCCACUUGGGCGAGAUCCGCGAGCUCAAGCAGGUCAACCGGCGACUGCAGGACGAGAACCGCGAGCUGCGCGACCUCUGCUGCUUCCUGGACCACGAGCGCCAGAAGGGCCGCCGCGUGGCCCGCGAGUGGCAGCUCUUCGGGGCGCACGCGUCCCGGGCCGUGCGCGACGAGCUGGCCGGCUGCUGGCAGAAGCUGGCACAGCUCGAGGGCCGCCAGGACGAGCUGCUGCGGGAGAACCUGGCGCUCAAGGAGCUCUGCCUGGCUCUGGAGGAGGAGUGGGGCCCGCGGCCGGCCGCCGGGGCGGGGGCCGGGGCCGGGGCGGGGGCCGCCGCCGCCGCCGCCGCAGGAGGAGGAGCAGCAGCCGCCGCCGCAGCAGCAGCAGCAGGAGCUGAGGCCGGGGCCGAGCCCGGAGGAGGCCCGGGCGGCUCCGGUCCCGACGGCCCGGGAGGCCCCGGGCCCGAGCUGGGACUGCCCCCGUGCGGGGCCCGGGACGUGGGAGACGGCAGCUCGAGCACUGGCAGCGUGGGCAGCCCGGACCAGCUGCACCUGGCCUGCUCUCCGGACGACUGAGCUAGCCCCCCAGCCCCCGCCCCUGCCGGGUCCCCCCCGCCCCUGCCCCUGCAGAGCCCGGACGCGGCCCCAGCUCUGUCCAGCCUGGACGCACCCUUGCCCUCGGGCAAUAAAACUGCGAGAGAUCCCAGCCCACGGGCCUGGACCUUGCGUCUCUUUGGGGACCCGGAGGAGGUGCGGGGGUGGGGACGGGCAAGCGCGGAGCCAGACUCCUCCGGAG